UCCGAACGUUCGGUCGAAGGCGGAAACCGGUCCGCAAAGGGGCCAACUGUGGGCAGAAGUGGACGGAAGCCCCGUUGGACAUGGGAUUUCAGAGGAAUGUUGAUCUGGUGCCCCAGAACUCCCAUCCUUAGAGGAGAUGAUCUUCUCCGAAAAAAAGCGGAGUCAGUUUCCCCAGCGGCGUUUUAAGUCAGCCAGUGAUUGUAAGGCAACUCGAUCCCCUCAUCAGGAAGCUGGAAGCCGGAUAGUUGACACCCGGGCUUCCAGUCUUCCAGGAACAGCAGUCAGAAAGGCUAUUUGGGCCGUAUGGAGUACGUAGCUGAGACAGUGACAGGAGAGUGCUCCCCCGAUUCCAGCACCAUGGAUGCCCGGCCACUGUUCCAAACGUUGAUCACGCUGGUAGAAGAUAAUGCUGCUUUCUUCCAGAAUGUCCCUACCGAGACAGGCCGGCGCUUUCUGGCAGCCUUCACAACCAUCCGGGAGCACGCCCGGUGCCUGGAGCCCAUACUCGGCCACUUCUCUGCCAUCUACCACAUCUUUGACCUGGACGAGCACACGCCAGCCAAUGGCUACCGCAGCCUGGCCCAGACAGUGCGCUGCUGCGUGGCUCACAUCAUCCACAAGAGCCGCUACGUAGCGGCCAACCGCCGCAGCAUCUUCUUCCGCACCAACCAUAAUUGUGCCGAGCUGGAAGCUUACUGUGUCGCCUUGACCCAGCUCCGAGCCCUGGUCUACCUCGCCCAACGCCUGCUCACCCAGAACCGCCCAGGGUGCCUCUUCAACCACGACGACCGUGGCCUCUCGGAACAGUUUCUCCAGGAAUACAUCACUAUGCACAAGGGAUGUUUUUACGGGCGCUGCAUGGGCUUCCAGUUUGCUCCUUCAAUCCGGCCUUUUCUGCAGACCAUCGCUAUCAGCCUCGUCUCCUUUGGGGAAAAUUACAAACGUCACGUUUCUGGCAUUGGCGUGGCUGCUGGCUCUCUUUUCACAAGCGGGAAGUUUGCCAUUGACCCUGAGCUACGAGGAUCGGAGUUUGAGCGCAUUACUCAAAACCUGGAUGUGCAUUUCUGGAAAAGCUUCUGGAACCUCACUGAGAUGGAAUUGCUAGCGUCCCUGGCCAGCAUGGCUUCGUCCCAGGUUCGAUUGUCCAGAGCCUUGCUGGUGCCACCCCAUUCCUUCGACCUGCCUCUGGUUGCUGACCCCAAACUGACUGUCACCAUCACACCUCCGGUAGCCCACACAGGGCCAGGAGGUGUCCAGAUGAGGCUCAUUUCCCACGAGCUGCGUGAAGGACAGGACAGCCAGGAGUUGAUCAAACUGAUGCGACCAGAAGCAACCCUCGCCCUGGAGCUGCCCUGGAAAACCAAGACACUGCCUCGCUCUCCUCACCUUGUGGUGCAUUUUCACGGAGGGGGUUUCGUAGCCCAGACUUCCAAGUCUCACGAGCCCUACCUGAAAUCUUGGGCUCAGGAACUCGGGGUUCCAAUCCUUUCUAUCGACUACUCACUGGCCCCAGAGGCACCCUUCCCUCGGGCCUUGGAGGAGUGUUUCUAUGCCUACUGCUGGGCCAUUAAGAACUGCCACCUCUUGGGUUCCACAGCACAAACGGUGUGCCUCGCAGGGGACAGCGCCGGCGGGAACCUCUGCAUCACCGUCUCCAUGCGCGCAGCUGCCUUUGGGAUUAAGAUGCCGGAUGGGAUCAUGGCGGCGUACCCCGCCACCCUCAUGCAGGCGGCAGCCUCCCCCUCACGGCUUCUCACACUGCUGGACCCGCUCCUGCCUCUUAGUGUCUUGUGCAAAUGCCUCAAUGCCUACGCAGGGAUGGAGUCAGAGCAGAAAGAUGAUCCCUCCGUGGAGAAGCUGGGUCCUGUGAACAUGGUGCGCCGGGAUACCGCCCUCCUCUUCCGAGACUUGCGCCUGGGUGCGUCAGCCUGGAUUGGCUCUUUGUUGGAUGGCACAGGCAAGCGCAACAGGGCGGGUGGAGUCAAUGAAACCGUGAGGAAGAGCGCCUCCGAGACGGACCUGAAAUCCAAGCUGUCUGCGAGCCACAAAGAUUCCUGGAAGAGACAGACUUGUCAAAACUUCUUAGGUUCUCCAGAUGUCCAGCUGGCCCCAAGGCCUACCACCCCUGACCCAGAAGAGCAGCCCACCUUCUUCCUCUCCGACAACGAGCAAGAAGCCUCAUCUUCCAGCAAUGACCACAGCUUGAUCUUUCCCAACAACUUCCAGCCCCUGCGCUCUGACCAGCCUGCCACCAGCUUGUUUCUGGCGCCGUCUCCCAUCCUGAAGAAUCCGUUCAUGUCGCCCCUUUUGGCCCCAGAUGGAAUGUUAAAGGGGCUCCCUCCAGUCCAUAUCGUGGCAUGUGCCCUGGACCCCAUGUUGGACGACUCAGUGAUGUUUGCCCGGCGGUUGCGGGCCAUAGGGCAGCCCGUGACCCUGCGAGUGGUGCAGGAUCUGCCCCACGGCUUUCUCAGCCUGUUCCAGUUGUGUCGCGAGACACGCCAGGCCUCAGCUGUCUGCACGGAGCUCAUCCGGAACAUUCUGGUCCCUUCCAGUAACAACCCCCCACAACCGCCAACUGUCCUCCGGAAACAUCGCAAACUGGAGCGAACUUCUCCAGCCGGGGCUGUUAAUGCCUGCGUUGCCAACCACACUCCCCUCCAGGAGAAUGGCACAUCCCCUCAGCACAAAGGGUUGCGCAAUGCGGCAGCAGAGAGCAGAAGCACUAGACCUGGGCAAGAGGUCCAGGCCACCAGCAACACUCCAGAGCUCCAAGGCGGGAGCUGCUCCUUAGACCAGCAAAGUAGAGCCAAGAACAACGGCAGCUUUUCAACAGCUGCUCCUACCUUGAAUGCCACUGUCCCUCCCAGCCAGGAUUCUGGUCCCUCGAGCAGCACAUCGGGCAGAGGGGUGGGGGCCUGAGCCCCCGACAUAUCACCAAGACCUUGUGGCUUGAGAUGGUGUGAUUUGCAGUGGAAAUCCUUGGUGCUCUUUCUUCAUGCUUUGGUGACCCCCUCCCCCCUAAACCUCAAGAGCCCGGCCCCUGUUGCUGCUGACUCAGUCGCUAACAAAACAUGGGGCAACCGUUUGUCCCAACUGAUUCCUUCUUCUCAUCUCCUGGAAUGAUGCUUUUAUACUGUUCGGAUUUUUUAAAAAAGAAAACGCUGCAUAAAACUCUGCAGCCAAUAUCUCGUGGUUGUGUUGGGGCUGAGAAUCCAGGUGUUCUCGGCCUCCCUGUUUCCAGUCACCUUGGCACCCACCUACCUUCUGUCAGCUUUUGAUCUCAGUAUUAGGUCAACAUCUCUAGGGAGAUGUGUUGGGGGGGUGGCCUUCUACCAAAUCGAAAGAACCCAUUCCACCACCACCUAACUAGCCUCCUCCUUGGCACAGAGGGAGGGGAUGAUGGAGUUUGGUCCAUCCAGGCCAGCUGAGCCAAACCUUAAAAGCACUAAGUGUUCCUCCCAUUUGCACAAAAAAGUAUUAACCGUCACUGCCUUGUCCCAUCGCCAUUCCUCAGUAUCAGCCAUGUUUUGAGGGGAAUACGUGCCAUUGCACUGAGAUUUUUCUUCCCACAACACUCUUUUCUAUCCACCUCACCCUGCUUGCCUUUGGGGAUGGCUGUUCUUAUAAACCAAGGGGGAGGGAAGGUUCAGAGGAACAUGGGGACUUCUCCCUCCUCAGAAAGGCUGUAGGCUUCAGCUUCCUCCUGGGGUGAGCAGGACAACUAUUUUUGUAAAUAAAAGCUGGUUUGAUUUUGAGUGAUGUAUCCUCUAUACUUGGAAGCUGAGACAGGUGUGUGUGGGCGUGGAAGCAAAUUCCAGGUAAGGUUGAGGGAGACAAGCCACAGGUAUAAUAAGUCUCUUAUCCCGGAUCCCCUCCAGGUACCACACAUAUGCCUGUCUUGAUAGCAGUUCAAGUCACUGGAGACUCCUUAAAACCAAGAUUGGUUUGUGUGUAAUCCCUCCCAGAAAAUCAGCUGCUUCUGUUGUUACCCUUUUUAUGGUUUAUUCAACCCUUCCUCGUGAUCUUGUGUAUCCUUGAAAGCUGCUUUCCUCCACGCACAAACUUUUUUGGGGGGAGUGCCAGUUUCCAGUUUUGAGCAAAAGCGAGCUGGGCUCGCACACGCCUGGUUGACCCUAAAAUCAGAUUAAGAGAAUUGGUGUGUUCAGAACAUGCUACUUUAAACACCCUAGGGAUGUGCAAAUUUCAUUGAUCCAGGAUUAGAAAGUGGGAGAGUCAAAAAUGAAGAUGGUGUCCAUCCUUUUUUAAAUGUAUCUUGCAUGAAAAAGAGCAGGGUUUGGGACCUGGCGGUGGGACAGAGCCUCAAUCCAGCAAUACAAGCACUACCGUUCUGGAGAGCUAAGGAUUCAGAAUCUCAUUUUCGCUUGCACUCCUGAGUCCGAGGAUUGCUCAGCUAUUUAACUUGGUUAGCCUCUCUUGUUCAGGAGCCUUUUCAGCUAAAGAGCAGGAUUAAAAUGCUUUAAAAUAAAACUU